GUAAGCCGGUUGUUUAUUUUAUGCCACGAACAAAACAGCUCGAUGUGAGGACGAUCGCGGCAUCGCUGUUCAAGAAGUACCCGGGCGUUGCCGAUGUGUUUCGGAUGCGUCCAAAUAAGAUCAGGGUUACCGCAAAGGACCGGGCUCAAGCCAACGUCAUUGCGGCUGAUCCGGAGUUUACGGAGCACUACCGGGUUUAUAUCCCCGGUAGUUUGGUUGAAGUGUCCGGCGUGAUCCAGGACUUCGAAUAUCCUGAAGAGGAUAUUGUUAAAUAUGGCGUGGGCGCUUUUCAAGCCCCAGGUACGCCAAAAGUAAAAGUGCUCGAGGCAAAAAAGCUUUUUAAGCUUGACGCCUCAGCGAAGGAGGGGAAAAAAUAUGUACCGACCUCCUCAAUCAGGAUCACGUUUGAGGGUACGGUUCUUCCGCAGGCCCUCAUUAUUGAAGGUCUCCGGAUACCGAUCGACCGGCCAUACGUGCCAAGGGUGGCCACCUGUUCGAAGUGCAGUCGGAUUGGACAUGCCGAUCCGUUUUGCACUCGCAAAAUAUGCUGCGGAAAAUGCAGAGGGGCGCAUGCCACCGAGGAGUGCAAAGCCCCUUCUCAAAAAUGCUCGCAUUGUCGGGAGGACUGGCAUGAGGUAGCCUUGUGCCCGGUGUACCGAAAAUUGCAAAGGGAACAGACAAAAACGGUAGCUGAGAGGGCACGUGGCUCUUUUAGCGACGCCCUUAAAGGUGCGAACGCGUCGAACCCUUUUGCAGUUUUGGAUACAGCUGCAAAUGGCGAGUCCAACCCGACUGCACCCGAACAGAUGCCUCUGAGAUCAGCUAAGGCCACGAGAAUAUAA